AUGGCCUUGCUAUCGCCGAAGAGGCCAUCUGGAGGUAUGUCGGUGAGCCGCUGUGCUGCCUCAUGUACCGGUACCACACUGAUAGCUGUCUUUGGAGUUCAUUACCCUGGAUGGCCUUGUCUUCAGGAAUAUCUGGAGGCCAGGUAAACGAGAGGAAAGGUACAAUCAAGUUCCAGCUGAAUAAGGUCCUCUGCAUUGGUGUCGCUAUGAGCAAUCUGUCGCUGUGGGAGAAGCAAAUCCAGCUGAACAUUGAGAUGAGCAUCAAUUUCCGGUUUGGAAAGAUGUCACCCAGGAUUCUGGUGUGGUGCGUGGGUUCAUCAAUGGUGAGUCCGUCCCUGGCAGCCAUCGUGCUGCAUUCUUUGAUGUCGCCGGGCCGAGAGGACGUAGCUGCUGUCUUGCUGCUGGAUCUUGGACGACCUUGAGCAUGAGGUGUCCAGCAAGCCUGCAUAGAAAUCAAGUACCACGUGAAGGUAAGCCACUCUCUCCAAACCCAGUACCUUGCUAGUCAUCAGUGUGGGUUAUGGUAUUGCUCAAUGCGAGUAAUAGGUUGGGGUGUACUAAGAAUCGUCAGAAAAUUUGUGUUUUGAGGCAAGUCUGGAUGUACCCUGCUCUAGAGUUGAGAGUACUUCUAUGGACAAGAUCCAGAAUUUGCACAUGGCUCCUGUAGUUUCCAGCUGCCUAGAGGCUACAGCUGCCUAGUUGUUCCUCAUGCUCUGUGGGUGUUCUUCUGAAAUGCAAGUUUGGAUUCUCUAGAUGUACUAGUCUGCACAACACAAUAGAAGCACUAGUGGCUGUUGGUAUAUAUGGUCUUUUUCCUUGUGAGCUGUGCAACGAUUCAUACUUUAUCUGUAAUGUAACUGUCUAGUGCUACUGGCUGAUAUAGAUUCUACAGCACUAGCGGCCUCCCAUAUCUCUUAUAGUAGGUUACUGCUCAAUGCGUAUGUUUGUAUGCGAAAAGUAGGUUCCAAAUUGUUAAAUCCG